AUGGUGCUACGAAUUGCGAGACUCAUUGACGAUGCCGAAUACGAUGCCGGCGAAACGUCUGGGAAUGUACCAUGUCCACGGUCCUACUCUGGGAAUGAUGUUGCAUACAAUGGACUCCGGACUAGGUGCGUUCCUCUAAGUCUUCCUAUCAAUAUGACCGAGUUGCGAAAACAAGGUCAAACAACUUUUAAAUGGACUAAAUUGGAAUAUAAGAAGGAAGUAGGUUCGAAGCCGGCCACUUUUCUUACCUUCGUUUUUACUGAAUUAUCGUUAACCAUUGGGUCCUUCUCUAACGAUGUUCGCCACAUGGUGGACGAAAGCCUAGCAUGGAUUUAUCGGGGCCGCGAUGCGGCGACCCCUCCACAGCCUCCUUUGGAACCAAAUUACGAAUCCCUUCCACUCGACUCUUCACACGAAAUGAAAGCUCAAAAACUCGAUGGCCCUCCUUUUCCUGUUGGCACAUCUGUACCAUCGGCGACUUGGCCAUUUGGAGCUAGCUCUGGCCUUGCAGCGAGCUCACCUUUUCUCGGGCCAUUGGGCGUAAACCCAAAGCGAAAUCAAAUGGCAUUGGUAAAACUGGAGACGGUCUUCUUUACUUACCUCUGGUCCCUCGAUCUAGACGCCGUGCUCACCUCCAUGUCUUGCUUCAGGUUGCUUUGCCAUGAGGCUGAGCUGUGGAGCAGUGCUGCAGCUGUCGCAAUGGCUGCUUCAUCAGGGAGUUUAUUAUGUUGUGCUGCUUCCGCCGUAUUCCCUAAUUCAAAUUCUUCUGCUUUUGCCUCGACCUGCUCUCCUGCUUUUUCAGCCGUCACGUCUGUCGAUUCGGCUCAAAACUGUCAACCAGGAUCCUCUGUGUUCUCCCCUUCAGCCUGUUGCGGCCAGUUCCAAUCGUCUACCGGUCAGCCGACGACCAACUUCAGGUGGCCGCCUCUGACUUCUGGCGCGCUCACGCCUAUGUUCGGCCAGAAUUGCUCACCGAAGUCUUCAUCAGAGUGUUUGGCUACUUGCUGCUGUUGUUGCUGUUACUGCUCAGUCCGUGGUGAUGGCGACAGCGGCAACAAUGCUCUUGUUUAUGGCCUGACUUGUUGCAGCUUUCCAAAGUCUGCAUCGAGGUGUCGCAUUGACUUCGGCCCUCAAGGUUAUGCUGAACUAGCAGCGCCUGCCUCCUGGUCUGCUGUGGCCCCCAGUAAGCCUAAUGCGGCCGGGUUCUGCUCUGCUGCCUGCCCCUUUGCUUGUGCUGGGCUAGCUGGUGGCCCCAAGGUAGCUGCGUCAAUCAGUGAAAUUAAUAGUGGGGUAGGCCUUGUAACUGAGUCUUCCAGCUGUCAGGCAAACUCUCCAUCUUCAUCAUCCUUCACCUCUUCGUCCCCUGUUAUUUGUCAGUACCCUCAAGGCAAUCAUUUCCAUCAUAAGCAAUUUCAAUCUCAACGACAUCAUCACCAUCACUCUUGUUCAGCAGAGAUUUCGCAACAAAAUCAUCUGGACCACAAAGAGCAGCUGCAUUGCUUAUGUAAUUGUUGCCAUCUCACUGCACCAUCGGUAACUGUUUGUUGCGAUAAAGCUAGUGGUGAUCCACCAGCUAAUCCUGCUGGCCAAUGGGCAGCGGCUGAUUUUAGGCUGCCAGAUUUAAUGCCAGUUUAUGCAAUAUACUCAGAAAUCGCAGACCACAGCCGCUCGAUAAUUACCACGGGCCGAGCUCAUUUACAAAAGCAAAUUUUGGCGCUGCUGAGAAGAGUUAACCAUCAGACCCAAGGAAACAAACUGGCAUGGGACCAUACCUAUAUGAUUUGGAUCCGUAGUACUCGUUUUCUACUCAACUAUCCCAAAUCAAAAGCCUCGACCUCUAACGAUGAAGCUUAUUGCGACGCCGUGCCUAGAAGUCUUGGUGGCGCUGCCAAUGCCGGUGUCAGUGGAGUCGUUUCUGCAGCUGCUGCAGCCGUCGGUAGUGUGGUGGGCGCCAGCUUGGCGCCAGGUGUACCAAGUGGAGCCAUGCCCAUUUCCAGUAAUUCUUUCAGAGAUUUAUCUAGUUCUGCCGCAUCUGCAGUCAGCCUUACGCAAAACACGUGUCUGUCAAGUGGUCUCGCUGGCAGCGGCGGCGGUUGUACUCCUGGUCUCGGGUUUUCGGAAUCCCGGGUUCUUUCCUUAGGGCUUGGCGGUGGUAUAGGGACUAGCCUUCUCGGAACUCCAGCUGGCCUAGGAGGUGCAAGUGGCCCAAUUUCAUCACUACUUGGUGGAAUCGGAGGACCAAUUAGUGGGGCUGGGCUGGCAGGGUCUCAGACUGUCAGUUGUAUCUCAAAUGAAGAGACUGGCGUUGUCUGUAGCCUUGGUGCUCCUGGGGGAGUUUGCGUAGCAGCGUGUACAUCCUGUGGAAAUGUCGGGUGUUCUGGUAACAUCAACAGUGCCGGUGGGAUAAGCAAUCCUGGAAGUGGAACUGGCAUUGGGGUUGCAGGUCGCUACCAUGCGGUGAAGCGGCGGACCAGCCAUCAGCCGAUCACAACAGACCAUGAAAUCGAAGGUGUACUUAAUGAAUGGGCUAACAUGACUGGAUUUCUCUGUGCCCUUGGGUCGGUUGCAUUGUUGUUGCCAUCAGCCCCACAGUUACCGCGAGGACCUCCAUUGCAGUUGCAGCCCGCAGUUGGCCCAACUUUGCAGUGCCACUUUGUGAGCCAUUCAUAUCACAAAUCAUAUAUUAAUCCCUAUUUGCAUUUAUACGUAGGUUUUCGAGACUCCCAGUAG